UCAUAGCAUAAAAUGUCCAAUAAUACAAUAUAUUCUUAACAAAUUACAAUAAUAAUGUACCAUUGUAGCUUCUGUUGCAGUUAUAAUAUAUCAGCUGAUAGGGGUAACGCACAUCUUUCUUUUGCUUUCGACUAAUAUAUUUAACAUCUCUUCGUUCUUCGCAAAUCCAAUUUUUAAAAUCUUCAUGACUUAGUAUCAAUUCUUCUACCUCUAAUGUUAUAUUAUGCUUUAUUUCAAGAUGAGUUUUGAGUUCUUCAUGGGAUUUCAAAUUUCUCUCUGGUUCAUCCCCACACAUUGGACAAAAAAUCUUUGUUUUGCAAAUCCCACCAACACUUUGAUCACGGUGAAAACGCCUAAAAUGUCUAUUCCUGGAAGUAACAAAAUUAAAUUGUUUGUCACAGACAGAACACUUUAUGGAUUCCAUUCUGGAAGAAUAUAGAAAAAGCGCGUUCAGACUAUAGUGACAGCAAUUAAUGAUCUUUUGCCUUUCCCGCCUUUUUGUAAUGACACUAGGCUUAGGGAUUUCUUCAGGCCAACUGUUUUUCGAAGUUGGCAGUCCUGAAUGUUCUUAUGCACAAAUACCGUAUGCUUACUCGUGGUCCGGCCCAUACAGUAAAAUUGAUACUUAUCAUUUUGGGACUCGGGAUGCGUUACAAAGAUUUGUUGGCGAUGUGGCAACUACGACGAAGGUACUAAGCGGCAAUACGGCAUGCGCUAGGGGCCCGUUUUUUUAAACUGUAAUGCGCACGCCCCGCCGAGAUCAAAGGUACCGACAGCAAGUGGAAUAUCACUUCAUCACUGGUACCGACAGCAAGUGGAAUAUCACGUUCAUCACUGCCAAUAUACCAACUAUAAGCUUCAUAAAUCCACCGGCCAGGUACGAGGAGGAGGAGCGGUUGCGACUGCUUCGCGAAGGUUUCGAUGACAUCGAAAUAGAUGUCUUUUUCGGGGCCUCCUCCUCCGAAGAAGACGGGGAGGAGCAGGGCACCUUUUCGCCCGAGCGUAUUCAAGCGUAUUUAUCGGGAGGCGCGGCGUCUCCAUUUUGCAAGGGGGCGCCGCGCCCGCGGUGGUCGCCGGCGCUCAGCAGCACCUCAGGCGACCCAGCCGUCGGCCCCAGUAACUGGCCAACAGCACUCGAAAAAAUAUAUACUUCUUGUUUUCCUUUUUGAAAAUAAAUAAAAAUUUCUGCUCUA